AUGAGUCAUAAUCAGAGAUUGCCACGGCUCCGGAGCCGGCUCUUGGCUCCGACUCCGAGCCGGGAGCCAGAGCCGGAGCCGGAGCCGGAGAUUUUGGGUGUUGCUUCGGCUCCCGAGCCCAAAGUCGGAGCCAUGCUUCUCAGCGUUCAGAAAAGUAAAAAUUUCGUGAUCUUGUUAAACCAAAUUGCUCCAGGAGCCGGAGCUGCAAAUUUGGCCUCGGCUUCGGCUCUGGGAGCUAAGAGCCGGAGCCGAGAUUUUUACCGUGGCAAUCUCUGGUCAUAA